AUGAACCGGUUUCAUUAUUUUCUAGUUUCUUUUCUAGUCGCAACGACAUCCGCUAGCCAUAUUUGUUUGGAGACUUCUUGCUCGUCUUUUAACGUCGAAUCCGACAUCGUUUUGGUGGUGGACGCUUCUAAUGCAUACGAUCAAGCAACAUUUGAACAACUCCGUUCUUUCCUCUACACAUUCGUUGCCUCGUUGACAGUAUCCCCAUUAGAUACUCAAGUUGCCCUCUACGCCUAUGGAAGUUCCGCUCAGACCGUCGCCUCUUUGAACGAUGGAUCCUCGUUGGGAUCGAUUCAAGCAAAGAUCAACACGACGUUGAAGUACCAGGGAUCUUCAGAAAGGAACUUGUUCCAAGCCCUGAGCAAAGUUCAAGCCGAGGUCAGCUCCAUGUCAGGACUCAGAAGUGCCGAUUAUAAGAAGGUUUUGGUUGUGAUUUCCGGAGACGCAUGGUCCGGAAACGCCGUUAUCGGAAGCUCGGUGCUAACCCAACUCAAGCAAAAGUUCAAUGUCAUUCUGUCAGUUGGAUUCGGAUUGAAAGCCGUGACUAACUUGAACUCUCAACUCACACAAUUGACCACUGCGUCCAUGAACACUUUCUUUGCAGCCACACCGGAUCAACUACCAUAUGUUUCCGCAUGGAUCGCUACCUUGUCAUGCCCAGGAGUUCAAUUCUCAACACCAGCCCCACCACCAACCACUGUUCCCACGCAAUCACCAUCUGUUUCUUGCCCAUUGGCUUCUCUCUCCUAUGAUGUUUACCUCAUCGUUGACGUCUCCAAUAAGGCAUCAGCUGCUGAUUUCGCCGCCAUGAAGACUGCCAUUCACAAUUUUGUGGCUCCGUUUGCGUUCGGAGACUUGGCUGCUAACUUUGCUCUUGUUACAACUGGAAUUGAUUCUCAACUCUUCUUCACCAAUUUCCAUAAUGGACAAUCUAGAAGCGAUGUUCUCACAGCUGUCGACGGCCUUCUUCAAGAUGAUGUUCCAGGACAAACCCUCAAUUUGGCCCUCAACGCAAUUCAGGGAUAUCUCUCCCAACCAUCAUCUGCAUCCAAGAAAGUUCUAGCCUAUUUCACCAGCACCACUGCCUGGGAUGUUAGUCCAACUGCAACCAUGUCAACUCUGAAAUCCAAAUACUCGCUGAGCCCAGUGGCUGUUCAAUGGGGCGCAUCUGCUUCCACGUCGGACUUGACCAACUUGGUUGGCGGAGCCGCCUGUGUCAACACCGUAUCCAAUAAGGCGUCGGCUGCCACGUGGCUUCAGAACAAAAUGUGCUCCAAAGUUUUCUGCUGA